GGGUACACGAAUUUUACAGUUCAUUUAUUUAUUUACAAACACUUCCUUUUACUUCAGGUAUAGAGUGUAAAAUGGGGCGAUUUUUUAAUUCGGUAAAACUCUACAAUUCGUUUACCUUUGAAAUAUUUCCUGCUUGUUUAAUGAACAAAGCCUAAACAGAGGACUUCCUGAUCGGGUAUUUAUGUAAAAUGUCCAUUUCAACACUUGUUUUUCACAUUUGGAUUUUAAUAUACAUCGAUUUAGACGAAGCGUCAAUUACUGUUCCUGAUGAGUUCCUUACAACUGUUACAGUACCAAUGACAUUUUCGUGGACAGUAAAGGAUACGAUCGAAACUACCUCCAUAGAAUAUUAUCCUGAUACAUCUUCAUUGUCAUCAUCAUCAUCAUCAUCAUCGCCGUCUUCGUUUUCACUAUCAUCAUCAGCAUCAGCAUCAGCAUCAGCAUCAGCAUCAUCAUCGACAUCGUCGUUUUCAUCGUCGUCCUCACCAUCAUCAUCAGCAUCAUCAUCAUUAGUAGUAGCAGUAACAACAACAGAAUCAUCAUCAUCAUCAUCAUCAUCAUCAUCAUCAUCAUCAUCAUCAUCAUCAUCAUCAUCAUCAUCAUCAUCAUCAACACCGGCAAAAACAACAGCAACAUCAACUUCCUCAAAGACAUUUAGUAUAAACACUACAGAACUUUGGUCUUCAGACAUUUCUUCACACUCUUGGGUAGAAUCAUCGACCAAUGGAACAUACAGAUCAAAAAGUGACACUAAUGAAGAUUCUUUAGGCAAGGAAACACACUUUUCUUCAGGUAUAAUAAUUGGCGGAUCAUUUGGCGGAGUUGUGUUCGUAGCACUAACAGUUGUCGUUUUAGUUUGUUGUAUAAAACGCUGCAGAUCGGCAGCCGAUAAACAGGAAAUUCUCAGUCAAGUUCCGGUUUCAUUUUCUAGUGGUAACGGUCGUGGAGGAAGUUCCGUUAAUAUUGAUAUGCAGCCAAUCGACGACAGACUAAAUCUACCUGUUGAAAUAAGCCAACCACGUGAAAGUUUAUUUACAGAUUUUAGUUUUGGUGCUCUAUUGCGGAGAUCUAGCAACCGUUCAAUGAAAUCUUUAAAAUCAAUAAAAUCGAACAGAUCCAAUCACCAAAAAAACAGAAAAAGAGACAAAAUAGAUAAUCGACCUGAAUAUCUAAAUAGACCAUCGCAACUUAUGGCUUUCAUGUGGCAGACAAUACGCAGGCGACGAUCAAGGAGCUUUUCAAAUACCAAUUCUCAAGACAAUUUCAAAACAAAAGUGUCUAAAUCGAAAAGUUUGAAUGACCUUUCUGAGGAUUUAAAUAGGAAAACACAUUUGGAAGUACAUAAAACUUGUACAGACCCUAGUCUGUCUCAAUACAAUCGUCAAUCUAUGGAGACCAUUUCCACAAAUGAUGCAAUUUCUAUAGAAAAUGAUAUUGGAAUAAAAACUGAUUCCAGUAAAAUCUGUCCUCAUACGUUUGAAGUAAUAGUCACUUCUUAUGAUUAAAUUUUGUUUAACCAUUUAACAUUCUGAUCAGUCAAAUUUUUGGACAACUAGUUUGCAUGAAGACUUGUAUCUUUGACAUUUUUUGACGUUCAGACGUGGUUAAGGGCUCAAACUAAUACUCGAAAUACCAGCUUCAUAAUUUAAUGUGCCCGAAACUACUAUCAUUCAAUUUGCCCCAUAUUGACAAGAAUUGUAUCUGUGAAAAUUGUUUUUGUUUUUAUUUUUUAAAAGAAUGUAUUCAUAGAAUACUGUAAAGUAAAUCAUUGUUUUGACACCUAGUUCGUUUCCACAAGACUUCGUGCAUUGGUUUUGCACUAAAAAUAUAUCCUAUUUUGGUAACAAAAUGCCUGUACGAUAUCGUUUCCCAUUGAAUUGUACAUUUCCCCCCAUUUUUUCAGCAAAUCGUGUGACUUUUUGAGAUAUACCACGUGAUAAAGGAAAGGAAUAUUUUCUUUAAAUUUCUGGAAAAAUUCAAUUAAUUAUCUUUCAAAUGAGUCCAAAUUGGCCUUUAUAUAAGCUUUUAUUAAAAUGUUGGAAAACGUUUAUUUGGGUUGAAUACGUCAAAGUCCUUAAAUGUUAAAGGGUUAAUCUGUAUUGCAAACAAAAUAUGAUUCAAUUCUUACGUUCAAAAUCGUACAAACUUUAAACAUAAAUUUCGACUCCCAAAAGCCAAAUAUUUCAAUAUAAAAAGACAUUUUAACAACAAUUUUUUUUUAUUCUUGAACUACUGGUUAUUAUUGGGAUUCAAUCAUUUUGUAAAAAGUUUUGCAAUGUAUUAGAUUUAUAAAAUUCAAAGUUGUUUCCCGGUUAUACGAAAAUGCUAAUUGACAUUUUGCAUGGAUUUUAUAUACUGUUGGAAAAAUUACUUUAAUUAUAAUGUUAUUCAUAUGAGACAGACUCUAUAUAGUAGCUCCUCAUGAAAAAUGAAAAGAGGCUAGCUUUCAGUUUUAACUCCACAUUCCGCUAUAUAGAUUAUGUCCUCUUACUAGAUACUUCAACAUUAGAUGACUAUUUUGAACGAACCUAUCUCAUCGAACUUGAAAUAAAGGGCACCACAGAUGCAGUUAAGUCUGCCUCAUAUCUUGACCUAAAUCUAGAAAUUAACAAUAAGGGUACAAAACUUUACAACAAACGGGCGGAUUUCAGUUUCCGCAUUGUGACCUUUCCAUUUCUAUGUAGCAAAAUUCAAGUUUCGGCUGCAUAUCACGUAUGUAUAUCACAGGUGGUACGAUUUUUCAGAACUUGGGCUUCCUAUCAUGAUUUCCUUAAUAUAGGGUUGCUGUUUAUAAGGAAGCUAUUGAACCAAGGGCUAUAAGUAAUAAAGUUGAACUCAUCCCUUCGUAAAACACCUGUUUCAGAGAUGACCACGGAUAUGUUCCAAAUAUCGUAACCACAAUCCCGACCUCAUAUCAUCGAUUUCAAAAUCACCGAAAGAUAUUAAUCGCCGAAUUUGUCCUUAUCCUUAUCAACAUGGAGGUUGCCACUAGUAGAGCAGGCUGUGCUUCCCCUUCCGGAGCACAUGAGAUCACCACAAGUUUUGUGUGGGGGUCAUGUUGAUCAGUCGUUAGGUGUGUUAUGUAGUGUUUUGUAGACUUGUUUGUCUUUUUCGUCUUCCGUUUAUUCUUUUGCAUGGCUUCGUCAGUAUUUUUUGAAUCUUCAAAGUUGUGUUGUUUUCCCAUUGAGCAUGAAAUUUUUCUUCAACAUCUAAAAAAUGAGGAGGAAUAGUUUACACGACAUCGCGUGCAACUUCUUUUUAUGCUUACGAUAAAAUCAAUUUGUCUUUUCUUUUCUCAAUUGUUACAACUAAAUAUAGUCCUGUUUGUAACUAUUAUUUAUUUAGAUAAUAUUAAAAUGUGAAUAAAUUAAGGAAUGCAUGUAUA